CAGGGCGCCAUUUCCUGUGGAUACGCUGUUGUCUCAGAGAAUUGUUUGAACUUGUUCUGGCCCGUGCAAGAAUUGCCCUCGCAGGGCCGGCGGGUAACAGUCCUCCCUUCCUUUGGAGAGAACGCUAGGGCGGGAACUGGGCCCUUUUCCUACCCAUGCUCUCUGGAGACUUUCUCCUUUCUUAGACUCUCUUCUUCAUCAAGGGCUGUUUUUUGACCAGCUGGUUGCAAGCGCAAAACUGCCAUCUUAUUCAAAGUAAGUCUCAUUGAACGGUUUACUUCCUGGAAAAUAAGAACCGUUUGGAACGCGCAUUUUGUCCCAUGCAAGCUACCGUCGGAGUAAAAUGGCGCCGCCCACAGGGCGAUUGAACUAAGCGGGGCCAUUCCUGUAAAGCAAUGGGGGAUGUUACUCAGUCGCCGCAGCCUUCUUCCAUGGCUGAUUUCAAGAGCUGGAAAGAGCAGCGGCUGUCACGUGUGGACGGGAGCCGGAAGGGCAGCGUGGACGAGCCCAUCGCAGGGAUAGUGCAGCUCCUUAACGAUCAGGACUGCUUUUGUACCACCAGCUCGUGCUCCGGCCGUGUGGUUGUGCUGGAGCAGCCUCCUCUGUGUUCCCCCACCGAGCCUACUAGUGGCUUUGAAAUCCAGAAGCAAAACUGUACAUGGCUUAUGGUGACCCAUCAAAUAUGUACAUUGGAAGAUGUGCUUACAGCCUUGCAGAAAGCCACCAAUGAUGCCAUAUUCAAAUUUGAGCCAUUUGUACUUCAUGUGCAGUGUCGAGAGCUACAAGAUGCCCAACUCCUGCAUACAGUGGCUAUAGAAGCUGGUUUCAGGAACUCUGGUAUAACUGUUGGUCGAAAAGGGAAAAUUAUGAUGGCUGUCCGCAGUACCCAUUGCUUAGAAGUUCCACUAAGCCAGAAGGGAAAAUUGAUGGUCAGUGAAGAAUAUGUUGACUUUGUGGUUCAUGUUGCUAAUCAGAAGAUGAAAGAAAACAGGAGGAGAAUUGACAGAUUUUACAGCUGUCUGCAGUUUGCUUUGGAAAACAAGGACCAUAAAAGUAGCUUGCCUGCCAAAGAGAGAGAACAAAAUAGUAAGGAACAGAAUAAUACGGUUGAAAUUUAUAGAAGCAGAAGAAAAUCAAAAGGAACCCAAAAAGAUACUUCUGCAUGGAAAAAUAAAGGGCUGGAAAAUGAAGAUAACACCGAAAACAAUCUUAAUAUUUUUCACUGAAAUGUGCUGAACAUGGGGUUUUGUGAAGUAGAUGUAGCUGUACUAUAUUUGUAAAAGGUUGAGAUCCUAUAGCCCACAGGUGGAGUGAAUUUAGAGAAGGGGAGUUUUGCUAAAUGCAUCCCCUGUUCCCUCUACAAAGUUUCUCCUCAGAAUCUUGGGGAAAGUAGUGGCUAAAAGAGCUCAGAUGGAAUCAGCAAAACUCACUCCCUCUGCUUUUUCGUGCAAAUCAAGGAAUAGCUUUCUUGAGAAGCCAAGCCAUCCCCAAAGGUGCCAUCCCCAACCUUAAGGGUUGGUUUUGCAGGGGAGGAAAGAAAAGUAGUGCAAGGGUGGGGGGGGGGGGCACAGCAAAACUCUGCCAUCAAUUUAUAUCGUUUGAUGGUCUACUGGAGCCAGCCCAGUAUAUGUAUUUUGUCCUUCUCUUUGUAAGAGCUUAAAAUAUUUCCGUGCUUUAGAAAGUAGAAUAUUUGUAACACAGUUUAUUAUGUAUUGUUGUGAUCUCUCAAUGCUGUGGGGCAAGACCUGCACUUUCUUGCCCUUCUUUUCACUGUCAUUGUCACCACCUUGGUAAAAACCUACCUUUCUCAAGGGUUGCCUGAGGCCAGCUCCAAAGGGAUGUAUCACGUAAGCAUGCCAAGGAGUCAGGGUAGGUGGGUAAGACUUCUGCAGACUCUUUCCAAUUAAACAACAUCAUUUCUACAAGGUAAAAACUCACAAUCUUACAAGGACAGGUCUAGGUAUACUAAGCAAAAUAAACAAAAGAAACCAAUUACUGACUGCAGUAUUUACAGUCCAUGGUAUAUCUGGUCUUUGUUCAUUGCAGGAUGCCCCCUCACUGUUUAGCAUCGCUCCCUUCUGUCAUCCUUUAUGGCAAAUGCACUUCAAAAAGCACUCCCAGCAAUAGAUACCAAGCACAGACAAAGGAGCAGCUCCCCUUUUCAGACCCCACCCCAGGUGUGCUCCAGGACCUUCAGCCAAUUUGGAUGCCAGCUGUUGGGGACUAAAGUCUAUCAGGAGAGCACUCUCUUGGCAGCCAGGGUACCUUGCCAUUACAACAUUACUGCUACAACAUGUCUUGCCCCCUCCCUCUCAUCAUGUCAUGGAUAUUUAACAACUAGCAAAGUAAGUCCUGUUAACAGUAGGUAAAUGUGAACAAUUCCAUGGGAAAGUAAAUUAUGUUUAGCACACAAAAUAUGAAAUAUUUUGAAGUUGUAUCUCAGAUUAUCAUUAUAGAAUAUUGUAAUAAAUGCUUCUUUUGUUUGAAAAUACAAUUUAUAAGAUUAAAUAUUAGUUUUGAAAACAAAGAAC